AAAUACUCUUCAAUAAUGUCAUGUUCGGACGGUCCAUCAGGAAAUGCCUUCUUGGUGGAUUCUCUGAUAGGUGGCGGCAGGGCUGACAACUGCGGAGGAGGUCAUUACACGGGGAGCGCGGCCGUCGAAGUGCCUUACGGACUCCACAACUAUGGAUACUUCGCGCCCAAGCGGGCCGACGUGGGCCCCCAGAACCUUCUCGGGGGGCCGGGCGCGUACCUGUCAGGCAUGGAGAUGUGGAUGGACGCGCAGAGGUCGUGCCGUGUGGAGCAAGAGCGCUCCGGGGCUCCUCAGGUGGCGCCCUGCUCCUUCCCGAACAUUAAGGAGGAGAGCGCUUACUGUCUCUAUGAGCAAUCCAAGUGCUCCAAAGGUUCCGGUGCGGCUGAGGACCUGACGUAUUCGAGGGGAGCCCCCGGCUCAGUCAACGAUGGUGGAGGAGGAGGAGGCACGGUUCCCAUGCCCUGCUAUUUCCGCUUGUCUCCGACCCAAGCGCACCCUCAUAAACUUUACAACGCCGACGGCUCAGCGCCGAACCCGCCCUACUCGCAUUCUGGUGCCCCUGCACGCUUCCACUCGCCGCCGCAGGAAGACGGCAGGGCCAUAGAUGAGCCCGGGCCCAUGGCCAACCCUGACCGGCGGUCCCAGGUGGCGCCCGCCGGCGAAGAUCCGCGUGAGUCGGGCACGGAUGUGGAAGCCUCCUCGGCGGAAGAGGACACCGACGAGCAAGACAAGGACGGUAAAGGCGAUGGCAAAAAUGAAAACGCGGCCAACUGGCUGACGGCGAAAAGCGGCCGGAAGAAGCGUUGCCCGUACACCAAACACCAAACUUUGGAGCUGGAGAAGGAGUUCCUGUUCAACAUGUACCUGACUCGAGAGCGCCGCCUGGAGAUCAGUAAAAGCGUGCACCUGACUGACAGACAGGUCAAGAUUUGGUUCCAGAACCGCAGGAUGAAAUUGAAGAAAAUGACGCGGGAAAACAGGAUCCGGGAGCUCACCUCCAACUACGGAUUUUCGUGAUAAACGAGGUGAAAAAAACACAUUAAAAAGGAAAUCAUAAUCAAAUGACUGCCCCCACCAUUACCACAACUACCACGACCACCCACCCAUUUCACAUCGCUUGAUUUCCAAACACACACACACACACUGUGACUCAAAAUGUAUUAUUGGCUUUAGUGGAGUAAAUUCCAUACCGAUACACCCCCUUUUUACACAAAUACAUGCAAAAAAAUACCUCAAUGUGCAUGCAUGGAAUCAUUUUGGAAUCACCACGUAUAAAUUAUAAUAACCCAGCUUAGUUGUUUAGUCAGCAGGCCUCUUGUUAUGUGUACCAAUUGCGCAACAAUCUUUGAUGGCGUUUCCACGCCGAAAAACGACUGAAUUGUAUAUGAUUUUUUGUGCGUUUGUGUGCGUGCGUGUGUGUACAUACCGAU